AAUCUGUGGGCGUGCUGUGGGCCAGUUGGAAAAAAAUGCUGUAACCAAAUGAGAAACAAAUAAUGAGCAAAUAAAUUAGAUUUGUUAAAUAAAUUAAAUGAACUUGUAAAUUAGGUAAUAAUUUUAUUUUUGAAAGAAAGUAAAAUAAAACCCUCUAAUACAUUUGACUUCAGUUUAAACUUUGAGUUCAGUUAAAUACCUAAAUUAAAAUGAAGGCAGUUUUGAUAUUUGACAGUGUAAAUGAUUUAUUAUUUUCUAAAUGGGAUGAAAGUUUUUUAUUUCGGAUGAAAACAUUUAAUGGUCAGGAAAAGGAUGGCAAUAUUACGGACAGUCAUCACAUAUCACAGCUGCUGUCGCCUAUCAUUACAUCGCAGAGGGUCAUGGCAGCCCAGUUCAGCAACACAUACACAUCCAUGCAAUGUAAAGAUAACACUACUAUAGUAUUUGAUGAGUGGCUUGACCAUGUGUUCAUGAUCAUCAGUGAGGAUGAUGUAGAUGAUGCUCAUCGGGAGCUGCUGGAUUGUAAAACCCUUGUGCAGCAUAUUUGUGGCCAAAAUAUCAAUUUAUUACAUUCUUCAACAUAUCAAGAAUGGUUGUCAGUACUGCUAGAGAGUCGAGAUAAAGGUGACUCAAUCCCAGGCGCCAGUGGGGUGAUAGGAGAGAGUGGAGCCACUGCAGCAGCGUUGAAUGCUCUGAGAACAGUCUCAAAAGAGAUAAAGUGCUCUCCCCACCAACACUACCACAUGCUACUCUUUGUAGGGGACAAGAUGCUGGCUUUGUAUUCCAGCCGCGGAUGUGAAGAUCUCAUGCCGCCAGAUUUGAUAUUGCUCAGUGUCCAAUGUAUCGCCGCUCAGGAGUAUUGGAAAGAGUUACGGAAUACGGACUCCACGAAUGAAAAUGCUCAUCUACCUUGGCUGUCACAGGAGAACAGCGCCAUCGUGCACCUGUGCGGCGGUGGUGCGGUGAGCCCGUGCGCGCCGCACUCCCUGCACGUGGCAGAAAUCGCGCCGCGAAUCGUGUUCGCCGUACUCGUUGAUAUGGACUCGAGAGAAGUUGGCAUUGCAGUACAUAUGUCCAGUCAGAUUUUAUCAAACUUGCGACGGCUACUUUUGCAAAGGAAUUUGGAUGUGUUACCAAAUACACUCGACUCUUUGGAAGCGACAUUGAGAAAGACAACAGAAGCACUUCGUAAAAAUAAAGCACCCUCCACACUAUGUGCCCGCGUCACUAGCCGCAUGUUGGAAUUGCGGAAAUCAUGUACAACCACCACUCCGCUCACACCGGAAACCACCGCCACAGCAUUGCACACGGCGCUCGAAGCCGUCAUAGAAUACCUCAAACCGGAUAUACCUAGCUUGAAGUUGGAACACCCUGUGAAGGAGCUCAGGGCUCUUUUAAGCCCCUAUCUUGAAUUCCUACGCGUUAAAGCUCAGCGAUACUUCAGUUUGGAAUCUGGCGGGACGGAGGCGGGUAGUUCCCUGACUCUGCACAAGUAUGUGGAAGAGUUCCCCGGCCUCGUGCACUUCGUGUACAUCGACCGCGGCGCGGCACGCUGCCUCGCGCCCGACAUGGCGGACUGUGUCGACAUGCUGACCCCGCGUACGGUCCGCAGCACGCUUCGCACGGCGAUGCGCGCGCUACGCGAGGGCUACGGCGCGGCGGUGUGGCGGCGCGGCGCGCUGCACGUGUGCGCCGUGCGCUGGUUCGAGCGCCGCGGCGUGCCCGCGCGACCCGCCGCGCCCCCGCAUCCCGCCGCCGUGCGCGCGCUACCGCCACCCGCGGAUUUGCUCGGCGUGCACCACAGACAACUAGUAGAGCUGGCGUUCCCUGGGGACAACCAGGGCGUAAGCGUGAAGGAGCUGGUGUGCAUCCACCUGGGGCUGCUGCCCGCCGCCACGGCCGUGCAGCAGGCGCGCCGCCUCGCGCACUCCGUCCUCGAGCUCACCGGCGAGAACCCCGCCGUCGCCGCAGACCUGUUGUAGACGAGUGGCAGACAGCAGGGCGUGAAAGUGGAGAGCAGAAGCGAACGAACAUCCUCACUGCCCAUCUACAUUGAAUAUAAUGCCUAACACGCAUUUUUCAGCUAGGCUGCGUGGCCAGUUGUCCGUUCCGUAAUCGUAAAAGUUCACGCGCAGUUUUAAAUGCCGGCAGCUGGCGGCCAGCAUUUAAAACCGCGCGGCCGGGCCGCUUAAUGCGUUGAGGGCCUAAAGAUAAUCUCCUUAGUGAAAGUAUUGUUAUAUAAAGAUGACAAACUGUUACCCUGACAAAAUACCUUUGUAACAAUAUGCUCUAGGCCCUAUUUCUGAGGGACUACAUUCCUUAUUUUAAUGGCUGUGUUGCCUUACUGUGUUCAGCUUUCAGGCUCAUAAGACUAUGGUUUUAUUCUGUAUCCUGCAGUCUCAUAGGUUACCAGUACGUAAUUGUAAAUGAACUAAAGGUUAAAUAUGUGUAAUAUUUGAGAAUUAUUGUGAUUGGUAGACAAUUUUAAUCUAGUCCAUAUUAUCAUUACAUAUUUAUCAAAAAAAAA